CAAUACUUCGCGGUACGACGUCAACACAUUCGUCGUGGCAGCGCAGCGACGUCGCUGUUGUUAUCGUUGUAAUCAAUUCGAGUUCUAAAAAAAAAUACAUAGUGGAAGCAGAAAAUACGAAUUUAAGGUGUAAUCAGCACCAGACACUGCCAACAACAAAUGCAUUUGCUGUGACCCCCCCAGGGUGUUGGAGCAGGGCGCAGCGGAGGCGACAAUAAAAGGCCAAAACAAAGGCAGCUGGCAGAGGCAGAAACAGAGCCCGAGCAGAGGCAGAGCCAGAGACAAACCGAAACGUCAUUGGCAGGCAAUUAACGGAAACGAAACGGAAGGCGACGCCCGCGACGAAGGUGGGAAUCUAGGACUCCGCCUCCAUCCAUGCUGGUUAUCCUCGCCGAUCAGCUAACGCGAAUCAUGGAGAGCGUCUUCGAAGCCUAUCUGGGUCCGGACAGCGUCCUGGCCAGUGCCGUAGGCCAGGCGGUGGGCAGCGGCGAGCCAGAGGAUAUACCCAAACGGAACACUGACGUCUGGGUGCUGGGCAGACGAUACAAUGCCAUACAGGAACUAGAAGUCAUCCGAAGGGAUAUACAGUCCCGACUGUGGUGUACCUAUCGCCACGGUUUCAUGCCCUUAGGUGAGGUGCAGCUCACCACGGAUAGGGGAUGGGGCUGCAUGCUGCGCUGCGGCCAGAUGGUCCUCGCUCAGGCCCUUAUUGACCUGCAUUUGGGACGCGAUUGGUUUUGGACACCCGAGUGCCAGGAUGCCACCUACCUCAAGAUUGUGAAUCGCUUUGAAGAUGUCCGCAAGAGCUACUACUCCAUACACCAGAUCGCCCUUAUGGGUGAAUCCCAGAACAAGGCGGUGGGCGAGUGGCUGGGACCCAAUACAGUGGCACAGAUCCUCAAAAAACUGGUGCUAUUCGAUGACUGGUGUUCGCUGGUGGUCCAUGUGGCUAUGGACAGCACUGUGGUCCUCGAUGAUGUCUAUUCACUCUGCCUGGAAGGAGAUGCCUGGAAGCCACUUCUACUUAUAAUCCCCCUGCGGCUGGGCAUCAGCGACAUCAAUCCCAUCUACAUCCCAGCUCUGAAACGCUGUCUCGAGCUGGACAGCAGCUGUGGCAUGAUCGGCGGCCGUCCAAAUCAGGCUCUGUACUUCCUUGGAUACGUCGAAGACGAAGUGUUGUACCUGGAUCCACACACCACGCAAAGGACGGGCGUGGUGGGCCAGAAGACCUCCUCAGGCGAACAGGAACACGACGAGACCUACCAUCAGAAGCAUGCGGCACGCUUGAGCUUCUCCGCCAUGGAUCCCUCGCUGGCCGUCUGCUUCCUGUGCAAGACCAGUGACAGCUUUCAGCAGCUACUCGAGAAACUGCGCCAGGAGGUGCUGGGCAUGUGCUCGCCGGCGCUCUUCGAGAUUAGCCAGACGCGCGCCGUUGACUGGGACACGGCGGAGGAUAUUGAAUGGCCGACCAUGCCGGAUAUUGACUGGCCGGCCGGCACCUCAGACUCGGACUCGUUUGCCAUAGUAGAAGAGAGCGUAAGAGACGGCGACGCUGCCGGCACCAGCAGCAGCGGCAGCAAACCCAGUGAGAGAGCCGUCGUUUGAGAGAAGCCCCAGUUAGUUGGCUCUCUCGCUCUCUGCCCU